GCACAAUCCCUAUUCGGUUGUCUCGCCUGAUGACGGCGGCAAAAGACUUGAUGGAGAUCCGUCUGGGGCACACAUUCCCUGGAUUUUACCCUUCAGAAGAUUCCACGACCGCUCAUGAAUUGAAAAGUAUCCUAGUUUGUUAGAUACUAAAGUCUUGCAAAGUGUUGGUCAAAUUGGCUGCCAAAAGGCUACCGCCGAGAAUCACCGAGAGCAUUGACAUCGGAGAAAAUCCCGAGCGGUCGCUAUGGCGCGAUGGUCGGGGGGAGAUCGGAGCGGGAUCUCCACUCUUCAAUUGACCGGUUCAAUUCACCCCAAAAUUUAUCUUAUGUGCUCAUUUUUGCUCUUUUGACACCUCAUCUCUCUCCAUCGUCCCUCUCCACGCCAUGUCUGGUGCUCGGAAUCUCUCAAACGCCCUGCGGCGGGCACGAGUGCCUCGUCCUCGCAUCGUCGUCCGACCCGCCUUGCUUCAAUCACCGGCCACGACUGCUAUCCGCACCUUCAGCGUGAGCUCCACUACUCGCGCCGACAAGCAGAUCAAGUACACUAGCGACGCAUACCCCAAUGUUAAGCGUGACCCCAACUUUGGCGAGCUUACUGCCGACGAUGUGGCUUUCUUCAAGGAGCUUCUGGGCUCCCAGUCCGCCGUGGUGGACGGCGUGACCACCGAUGCGACGGACGACAUUGAGCCCUUUAACAGCGACUGGAUGCGCAAGUACCGCGGCCACACACGCCUGGUUCUGAAGCCCCAGAGCACGGAGGAGGUUAGCAAGGUGCUAAAAUACUGCAAUGAGCGGAAGUUGGCGGUGGUGCCCCAGGGUGGAAACACUGGCUUGGUCGGUGGUUCGGUCCCCGUCUUUGACGAGAUUGUGAUCAACACCUCGCGGAUGAACCAAAUUCGUUCGUUCGAUGAGGCUUCCGGUGUACUGGUUGCCGAUGCUGGUGUCAUUCUCGAGGUGGCAGACCAGUACCUUGCUGAGCGUAACCACCUGUUCCCUCUGGACUUGGGCGCCAAGGGAUCUUGCCACAUUGGAGGUAACGUUGCGACCAACGCUGGUGGUCUGCGACUGCUGCGGUAUGGUUCUCUUCAUGGAACCGUGCUAGGUCUUGAAGCAGUCCUGCCGGACGGGACUAUCGUUGAGUCGCUCUCUACACUGCGCAAGAAUAACACCGGAUACGAUCUCAAGCAGCUUUUCAUCGGUGCCGAAGGAACAAUUGGCCUGAUCACCAAGGUUGCUAUCAUUUGCCCCCCGCGACCCAAGGCUGUGAACGUUGCCUACUUUGGAUUGGAGAGCUUCGAGCAGGUGCAGCGUGCCUACCGGGAGGCCAAGGGCCAACUUUCGGAGAUCCUAUCUGCAUUUGAAUUGAUGGACGGCCGCAGCCAGCGCUUGGUGCACGAGUCCACCGGCAACAAGUACCCCUUGGAGGGUGAAUACCCCUUCUACUGUCUCGUUGAGACUAGCGGUUCUAAUUCCGAGCACGAUAUGGAAAAGCUCGAGUCGUUCCUCGAGCACGUUAUGGGUGAGGGCAUCGUCGCCGACGGUGUCUUGGCUCAGGAUGAGACGCAGUUCCAGGCUAUCUGGCGCUGGCGUGAGGGUAUCACCGAGGCUCUGAGCCAUCUGGGUGGUACCUACAAGUACGAUGUGUCGAUCCCGCUGCCUGAGCUGUACCAGCUUGUGGAGGACUGCAAGCAGCGGCUUACCGAGAAGGGAUUCGUUGGCGACGACGACUCCUUCCCCGUUCGGGCCGUUGUCGGCUAUGGCCACAUGGGUGACUCCAACCUGCACCUGAAUGUGUCUGUUCGCCAGUACAACAAAGAGGUUGAAAAGGCUAUUGAGCCUUGGGUUUACGAGUGGAUUCAGAAGCGCCAGGGCAGUAUCAGUGCUGAGCACGGUCUGGGUAUUGCCAAGCGGGAGUUCAUUGGAUACAGCCAGAACGACACUAUGGUGAAGCUGAUGAAGCAGCUGAAGGCACUUUACGACCCGAACGGCAUUAUGAACCCGUACAAGUACAUCUAGGAAUGACCCGAUAGAGUUGCAUGGGGUGUGUAGUCGUGUGUAUAAAAAAUAUAUCCUUUUCUUUUUGCUUCACUCGAUAAUCUAUCAAAGUUUUGAGUAUCAUUUAGAUUGUUUAAUUUCUUUUUGCAUAGAGUUUGGACUCUCGUCCUUUGCCACGGAAAUGCGGGCGCACAUGACGCAGG